AUGAAUUUAGAAACAUCUCCAAAUUUGCAAGAAAGUAUUGAUCAUAAUGAUCCCUACUACAAGAAGCUAAAGAAACUACUAAUGUAUCGAACAUGCUACAAAGAAAUUGAAAAAAAGCUAAUUGCAGCGGAAGAAGAAAAUUUCCGUCUUAAAUCUAAACAAUAUGACGAAUUUACAAAGUUGAAGCAAGAUUAUGAGAUAGUUGUACAUGAAAAUGAAGAAUUAAGAUCACAAUUGUCAGAUAAACAAGAUAACGUAUUUGGGAAUAAUUCAUUUUCACCGCAAAACAAAUAUGAAGAGAUUUACAAAUCAUUGACAAAUUCAUUAAGCAUCGAGCAAGAGGUUUCUACAUUGACAGAUAGCGAAGAAUCUCAAAUGAACAAUAUAGAAGCAUACAAUCAACUUGUUAACAAAUAUAAUAGUCUUCAUGAAGAAUUUACGCAGCUUUUUGUUCAAUAUAUUGAUACUGUAAACAUUUUGAAAAUUUCAAAUGAAAGAAAUGAAAGAUUAAUGGAGCAAUUGAACCAAUACGAUCAGCAAAUAAACGAGUUAAAUAUCAAACUGAAGAUAGAAAAGAAUAAUGUUAAGGUUUUCAAGCAAAUUCAGAAUAAAGACGUUUUAGAUAGUGUUCAACUACAGUUAAUUGAGAAACAAAAUGACAAUAUUAACGAAGAGCUUCUUAGAUUGUCAGCAAAAGCAGAAGGCGAUAACUAUAUGCAUCAACAAACAUUAAAAGAUUUAAGAGGGCAAAUUGAAGACUUGAAGGCACAAAAUCUUCAAACUCAGCUAUCAUUAAGAGCUGCUGAAAGAAAAAUUCAAUAUUAUAUGGAAGAAAAUGAAAAAAUCAAGUCUGAUAACGCAAAAGUUAUGGGACAAAUGGAUGGGAUGCUAAAAAUCCAACAACAGAAUGUUAUAGAAAUGAAGUUUGAGAAAGGAGAAUACCAUAAUAAUUUGUUUAACGAAAAUAUUAAACAAAGUGAACAAAUUAAAGCUUUAACAGCAGAAAAACAGAAAAUGUUUUUAGAUUUACGGAAAUUACUGAUUACAUUGUUUAGAGAAGUAACAUUUGAAAUGGACUGGAAUCAAUUACUUGAUUUUCUUUCGAAAAAAUUAAAUGAUUUGAGAAAUAUUUCUUCAGAUCGUGAUAUCCUUAUGCAAAGAAAUAACAAAGAUAAGAAACUUGCAUUGGCAAUAGAAAAUAAGUUUAAUGAAUAUAAAGAAAAUGUUGAAUUGCAAUUGAAGAAUAAAGACAAGCUUUUAGACGAAGCAAACAAAUCAUUGGAAGCAUAUGCUUACAAGAAACCAAUUAGAGAUUUCAAUUCGGCUGUUGCCGGAAUUGUUUCAAAGCAUUUCCGAAAUUUAUCAAAUAAAGUUGGAGAAUUAUGCAGCAUAGUUGAUGGAAAAGGAGCCAAUAAUAUCAGAUUCCAUGCUUUGAUUGUAUUUUCUGUUGCUGUUGGAAGGAUUUCAAAGAAACAAAAAUUUGAUUUUGCUCCACAGCAAAUACUGACAUAUGCUCAUAACGCCAAUGAUGAUCUCAUAAUCUUUGAUCGAAUUGUUAACUCUAAUCUCGAUCUUGUAGAAAAUCAAAAAAUUAUUUCCGAAAUAAUCAAUAAACUAACAGACUCUAUCAGGGAUCAUGAAUCAGAAAUAUUGCAACUGCAACAUGAAAAUGAAAUGUAUAAGCAGAGCUUGAAAGAUUCGAAAAGUAAAAACAUUAAAUUGCAAAAUUCAAAUCAAAGUAUGAUACCAAGAAUUGAUUAUGAUAUAUUAGUUCACCAACUUAAUGAUCAAAAGAGUAGCAAUGAGAAAUUGGCUAAUGAUAUCGAAAUCCAAUAUAAAAAGUUUACAAGAUUGAAAACUAAAUUCUAUGAGUUGAAACACAUUAAUCAUGAGCUUAGAGCAGCAUUAAAGAAGCAAAUCAGUAUUUCGACAUCAAAUAACAAGCCUAAAAAGAAAGAAAUUUCUUAUUCUUCUGUACCAACAAGACAAUUCUUUAAGCAAAGAGAAGAGUCUAAUCAAGACUUAAGAUCACUCACAUCCAUCAACGUAACUGACUAUAAGCAAGAUCUUCAACAGAUGAAGAAUACAAUAUCAUCUCCACCUCAGAUUAUAGCUGAAAAUUAA